AUGGGAAAUCAAACAUCCAUUUUGUCGGAUCAAGAGCAGCGUGAUUUAGUACAAGCCGCAAGUUUUACAAGACGUGAUAUAAUGCGGAUAUAUGGUUGCUUUAAAGCUUUAGAUACGAACCAAAAUGGAGAGCUAGAUCCACAUGAGCUUUUUGAUAUGCCUGAAAUUGCAGAUAAUCCCUUGGUUAAACGUGUAAUUUCUAUCUUUGAUACGAAUGAAGAUGGAAAGGUUUCAUUUGUGGAGUUUGUUAUAGGACUAGCGCGAUUAAUGGCUGGUAGUGACCCUGAGCAGAAAAUGAAGUUUGCUUUCGACAUAUAUGAUGUAAAUAAAGAUGGCUGGAUAUCUAAUGGUGAGCUAUUUAAAGUAAUGAAGAUGAUGGUGGGGGAUAAUUUAGAAGAUAUACAGCUUCAACAGCUUGUAGAUCGUUGUAUUAUUCAGGCUGACAAAGAUGGAGAUGGUUUAAUCUCUUAUGAUGAAUUCCGUGAAGUUGUGGCUCAUUUAGAUGUCAGUGGGAAAUUAAAUUUAGAGCUUCAAUUCCAGUAG